AUGAUUUUGGGAGGGAGUGACACGUCGGCAGUGACUGUGGAAUGGACAAUGUCCGAAUUGAUAAAGCAUCCAAGAGUGAUGGAAAAAGUACAAAAGGAGGUGAAAGAGAUGUUCGAUGGGAAAAGAACGGUAGACGAAGCUGAUCUUGAUGAGCUGCACUAUCUCGAUAUGGUUAUCAAGGAAAGUCUAAGGCUACACCCUCCUGCACCAUUAAUAGCUCCUAGAGAGUGUCGAGAAACAACGGUGAUCAAUGGAUAUCAUAUACCCGCCAAGACUAGGAUCAUCGUCAAUGCAUGGGCUAUGAAACGAGAUCCCCGACACUGGAAUGAACCUACAGAAUUUUAUCCAGAAAGAUUUUUCGAUACUUCAAUAGACUAUAAUGGACAAAAUUUCAAGUUCAUCCCGUUUGGAGCUGGACGAAGAAUAUAUCCAGGAAUACCAUUAAUAGUGACCAGUUGCGUCACUAUUCUCAUGGUACUAAUGAGGAGGCCCAAACCCGACGCACCGUUGAUGCCUCCAGGCCCAAGAAAGCUGCCCCUACUCGGAAAUCUGCACAACCUGAUGGGCCCAACCUUACCCCACCGCCGCCUGAUGGAGCUGGCCGUCGAACAUGGGCCUCUGAUCCAACUCCAGCUCGGGGAAACCUCCACCGUGGUCGUCUCCUCGCCGGAACUAGCCAAGGAGUUUCUCCAAACCCAUGAUCUCAACUUCGCCACCAGACCCUUCCUGCCCUCCGCCGCCAUCCUUCUAUACAACGGCCGAGACAUCGUGUUCGGGCCGUUUGGAGACUACUGGAGGCAGAAGCUGAAGAAGCUCCAUGCGGAAGCCGAUGCCAUCCUUGAACAAGUAAUCAACGAGCACGUUGCAAGAAUAAGAACAGACAGAGUUGAAGAUGAUGAUGAGCAUCAUCAAGAUAAUGAUCUUGUCGAUGUGUUUUUGAACCUCAACACCAAGAACCAUGGUCUAGGCUUCUCUAUCACCCACGUAGAGAUUAAAGCUGUCAUCCUCGACUUGUUUCUUGGAGGGAGUGACACAUCGGCUGUAAUCGUGGAAUGGGCAAUGUCAGAGUUAAUGAAACAUCCAAGAGUUAUGGAAAAAGUACAGAAAGAGGUGAGAAAGAUGUUUGAUGCAAAAUUAGUAGUGGACGAAGCAGAUCUUGAUGAACUACACUAUCUCGACAUGGUCAUCAAGGAAACUUUAAGACUGCAUGCUCCUGCUCCGUUAAUAUCUCCCAGAGAGUGUCGAGAGACAACGAUGAUUGGUGGAUAUGAGGUACAAGCCAAAACUAGGGUCAUCGUCAAUGCAUGGGCUAUCAACAGAGAUCCAAGACACUGGGAGGAACCUACAGAAUUUUGCCCAGAAAGAUUCAUCGAUACUUAUGUUGAUUACAACGGACAAAAUUUCAAGUUCAUUCCCUUUGGAGCUGGACGAAGAGUAUGCCCCGGGAUACAAUCAGGGAUGGCGAUGGUUAAACUUUUAUUGGCGAAAUUACUUUAUAAUUUUGAUUGGAAGCUCCCAAAUGAAAACAACUCACUAAAUAUUGACAUGUCUGAGGAAUUUGGACUUACUGUGAAAAGGAAAAAUGAAUUAUUUCUCAUUCCUGUACUACGACAUCCUCAACCACAGUAG